AUGAAGGAAAACUUCAUUUCUUCAAAUAUCUCAGAAUUUACAGUGAGCUUUUUUGUUAAAAGGAAAGAUAUAAACACAGAGAGUAACCAGUGCCUCUUCAGCUACGCAAAAGCUUCUGGUAAUUAUGGAAAUGAUAUAUCUGUUUGGUUGAAUAAACCAAGAUCGAGCCCGAGAAUUGAGAUCACUGUGGAUGCGAGAGGUAGAAACACCAGAGCUAAGAUAAAUGAUACAAUGUGGCAUCACAUCUGUGUUACCUGGAAGAGCACAAAAGGCGCCUGGCAGCUUUAUCUGGAUGGACGACUCCAAAGCAAUGGAACAGGCUUGAAGGAAAAUCACCAGAUUCCAGCUGGCGGAACAAUUGUUAUUGGACAAGAUCAAGAUAGAGUUGGAGGGGGCUUCCAAAGCAAAAAUAGUUUUGGACCGGGUGAGGUGACAGAAGUUAAUCUUUGGAGCAGGGUGUUGUCAGCGAGUGAUAUUGCAGAACAGUAUGCAAACUGCUACAUUACCAAAGUCGGCCUGAUGCACUCGUGGGAACAAUUAAAAGGCGGCGUUUCAAAUGUGAUAGUAGUCGAGCCUUGA